CCUUCAGUUGCCGGCGGCGCGCACCAUGGCGGCGCCCUUGCUGAGUGCGGCGCUGAGCGGCCUCCGGGGCGGGAGGGCCUUCGGCACGGCCGCUGCGCUCUGCAAGCGGGCAGCCCCGCUGGGGCCGAUGCCCAACGAGGAUAUCGACGUUAGCAACUUGGAAGCGCUGGAAAAAUAUCGCAGUUUCUCUCGGUACUUCAGGCUGGCAGAAAAGGAGAGCAGGAAGCCCCACUGGUGGAAGACGUACCGGCAGCACACCAACCCCCCGCCAGAGCCCAAGACUGACAUCAGCCUGCCACGUCCUCAGCUGCUGCAGGCAAACAACACCAGGGAAAGAAAAAAGAUCCUGAAGGAAAACCGCCAGAACGUGGAGAUGGAAAGAGCAGCGCGACUCCGUACAGUGCUCAUCCCCCUCGAUGAAGUCAAAGCUGAGUGGGAGAAGACCAGUGGCCCCUUCCACAAGCAGCGUGUGGCGGAGCACUGCGGGAUAUUUCGUGACUUGUUCAAGGGGGCCACCUUCACCCCCUGGGUUACAUUGAGGGUGAAGUACAGCCAGGAGGAUGAGCACCUCGUGCCAGUCUACCAUGGGAACAUGGUGACUCCAUCAGAGGCUUCCAGUCCCCCUUUGGUGUCAUAUGAGGCAGAGAAAGGCUCCCUCUGGACUUUGUUGCUCACAAAUCCAGAUGGACAUUUAAGAGAGACAGACUCGGAGUACCUCCACUGGCUGGUGACAAACAUCCCAGGCAAUGACAUCAAGUCUGGUAAGGAGAUCUGCCAUUAUUUCCCCCCCUUCCCUGCCAUGGGAACUGGAUACCACCGCUUCAUCUUCCUCCUCUUCAAGCAAGACCGCCCCAUCGAUUUCAGCGAGGACGUUCGGCCAGUGCCAUGCCACAGCCUCAAGAUGCGAACUUUUAGCACGUUUGACUUCUACACAAAGCACAAGGAUGCGAUGACCCCGGCAGGGCUGGCGUUCUUCCAGUGUCAGUGGGACAGCUCUGUCACUUGGGUCUUCCAUCAGCUUCUCAAUAUGAGAGAACCCGUGUUUGAGUUCCUGCGGCCGCCCGUUUAUCACCCUCCACAGGUAAAGUUCCCACGCCAUCAGCCUCUGAGGUACCUGGACAGAUACAGAGACACCGAGGAGCCUACUUAUGGCAUUUACUAGGGACCCAGCCUCCCCUCCAGCAGCUCUGCUGCACACUGAUGCUGGCUGGGCAGAUGGGGCUGUCAGCUUCCUGCAUCCACACGGCUGGCAGAGGGAAAUUACAACAUCUCAGCCCCUGGGCUCCCAGUUCGUCUGUGCUGGGAGCAGUGGGCAGCUGGGGGCAGUGGGUGUUGGCAGUGCUGUCAGCUCUCUGGUCACAGCUGCAUGGAGAGGAUGUUCAUGGAUGAAAGCAAAUCCAUGGCCAGGCUGAAAUCUUGCUGGAGCAGAGCUGAGCAGUACGGGUGUCAGGGUGGGGUCCCCCAGGGAUGCCCGGUUGUGCUUCUUUCAAAGGAUCACAUACUCUUUUUCACCUGUUUAUGGAGAAAAUAGAGCCUGUGCCAGGCUGGAUUUCCUGCCCUUGCAGCCCUACAGUUCAGGACUCUUAUCAGCUUUCAUUUGUGCAGUCCUCUUGAAUGGAUGGGUCUGAUUAAACACACUCUGAGUUAUGCUGGCA